GUUGUUUUCCAUGGCCUCGCCAAACAAAGUUUUUGCCUCGGCGACUGCUGAAGCUGCAGUCCGCUUGGCCAGCCGGUACCUGUCCGCUGCCUCCAGAGUUCCACAGGCCAAAAUGGCACCAAUCACCUUACGGCCACAGCUUUGAUUGGCCGCCUCAGCUUUAAUUGGCCGCCUCGACAAUGGAGGUGCGGAACAAUACCCACUCGGACUCAAUGUCCCCCACCUCCCCUGGGAUGAGGUAGAAGUUCUGCCGGAGGUGGGUGUCGAAGCUCAACAAGGUAAAGUUAGAGACCUACGGUCAUCUAGAACUAGUCUGCUUUGUGGCAGGACCGGCCCAGGCCAUUUGGGGGCCCUAAGCAAAAUAAUGCAAAGGGGCCCAUAUUUUUGGCCCACCACUUCGUUACAGUGUACUGUGAAACCCAUACAUGCAAUCCAACCCAUACGUCCAUAUUUUGUAUAUUAAUCAUACUUCAAACUUCCCACCCCAAAUGAUUGUCAGUACUUACAGUAGAUAGCGCCAAACCUUUUUCUAAAAGAGGAAAGAAAGAAGUUAAGGAAGAACUUUUAUUUUUUUAAGCUUGUAAUCAAGUAUCAAAACUCACAAAAGUCAAAUAAAGCAAACUGUAGUAAACAAAAUAGAUAUAAAUUAAACAAUUGCCAGAUUGUGGGCCCCCUAGUGGUCAGGGGCCCUAAGCAGCUGCAUAGUCUGCGUAUAGGCUGGGCUGGCCCUGCUCUGUGGUCCAAGAACAAGACUCAAGCAAGGUGAGGUAGCAUUCGGUCACCUGGGGAACACGUUACCUGUUCACAUUUGUUCCGCCACUGCCCUUAUACUUCAGAUUUCAAUUUAUAUGAAUUUUGCUUUUCAUUAAUUUUUGGGGGACGGUUGUAUUUCUAUUCCUUUUUUUAAUUGUUUUUGUUUCACUUUGUUGAUGAUUUAAUGCGAUUUUUACUUAUCAUUUUCCUCAAAGGGUUAAAUGUUAGUUUGGGCGGUGCUUUACCCAAAGAAGUCUUUCCUAUUGACUUGUCUCGCUGGCUGAUUGGCUGCUAGUUACGCUGGGCGGGGCUAAGUGAAGACUUCACAUUCUGUAGUAAAGCGUUUACGUGACGUCUUGCUCGUUGAUUUCAGCAUCUCUCGUGCUUGCAUGUUUUGCUUAUUUUCAUGUAAAACACUAGCCGGUAAUCGGUUUGAGAGAUAAUAGUGAGUGAACGUUGUUAGGCGGUGUGUUCUUUGCUUGUGUCUUUUGUGGCGUCGGUCUGUCGAUCGAUCACUUCAAUCCUCACAACAUGCGUCUGUUCUUCGGCUCCGGCUCCAACGGCGACUCUCUGGAGUUGGUCGUCCCCGGAGGAGAGACCGUGGACGGGCUGCGGACGCGCCUCUCUCGUCAACUUAACGUGCACACGGACAAAAUCGUCAUCCUGCAUAAAGACAAGCAAUUGACUGCUGGUAAACUGCUGGAGCAGGGUGUAGCAGAUGGGAGUACACUGACCUUACACGUUGAAAAUGCUUUAUUUACUUCGAGUUGCAGAAUCGAGAAGAUUGUGGAAGUUCUGGAAAAGCUAACAGAAAGUGAGAUUAGCGACUUCUUGUCUGGCCGCUCACCUGUGGUCAUUCAACUGGGAAUGGGUGCCCACACCAUGCACGUGCAGCUGCAGCUGUCCCCACAGGACGUGGCCAAACUGCAGCUGGACAAAGCCCCCGAAGCCCCUGGCGAGGUCAACACGGGCCGCUCCCCGUCUCACGCGAACGCCGCUCGACCAGCUUCUUCUCAGCUCGCCACAGUCGCGCAUUCUGUCACGUCUAUGGACCGCCACUGCCGAGCCGCAUCUCAUCACUCUUGUCCACACGCUGCUGUUUCAACACCUUCCUUCCCCUCGGCUUGCCCACGAGCAGCCACGGCACUUACAUGUGUCAGGGAUGCCAUUGCAGCACCUCAGAGUCCGUUAACAGCCACCACCUUCAGAGAGUCUUUUCACCCCGCUGUUGAACCAAGCAAGCAACCAGGCGCAGUCAUAGAAAGUUUAGUGAAACACUCUCAAGGAGUAUUCUCCGGAACUUUCUCUGGCACUCUGGUUCCGUGCAAUCAAAGCAGCGACAGCCAUCAUCGACGCGGCGUGAGUAUUAUUCUGCAGAUCCUCGAUGAUCUCCUCAGAGCUGCCUCACAACACCCAAGGGCUCCGACAUCCCUUCGUCCUGCUUCGGAUCCUCUGACACAGGAGCGCCGGUGCGGGGCAGAGCUGGUCGGUCAAGCUCCAGCUGAAGAGGCUCAACAAUCCCUCACCACCUCAAAAGAGAAUCAAACGCUGCACUGCAAGCUAAAGCACUUGCAGUCUCUUUUGGACCAGCGACGUCAUCACAGGCGAACGCGCAGAAGUACUCCAUUUUCUCAAAAACCUCAUCCGUAUCAACGUAACUACUGUCCUUAAUCCCGUGCACACAUGCUACUGUUUAUUGAAUUAUGACUGACUAAACACAACUGACCCGUUCGCAAAAGCUCCACCCCCUUGCCACUUGGUUACUGUUGCUAGUCGGUCAAGCUACGCAACUGCGACAGCACAAGCCAUGGUAUAGGGACAUACAACCCCUAGCAAAAAGUAUGGAAUCACCAGUCUCGGACGAGCACUCACUCAGACAUUUUAUCAUGUAGAACAAACUCAGAUAAAAAACUUGAAAAAAAUAAUGAAUUAGUUCUAAAGGGCAACUCUUUAGCAUUCAGAAACACUAAAAGAAAUGAAUAAAAAAACAUUGUGGUGGUCAGUAAAUGUUACUUUUAUAGAGCAAGUGCAGGGAAAUAGGUAUGGAAUCACUCAAUUCAGAGGAAAAUAUAUAUGGAAUCAUGAGAAACAAACAAAGAAAUAACAAUCAAAACACAUCUCUAGUAUUUAGUAGCACCACCUCUGGCUUUUAUGACAGCUUGCACUCUCUGUGGCAUGGACUUGAUGAAUAUUCUUCAUCAAUUUAGUGCCAUCUCUCGUUGAUUGCAGUUGCCAGAUCAUCCUUGCACAUCAGAUUAGGGUUGUUCCGAUCAUUUUCUUUUUUUUUGCUCCCGAUCGUUUUAGUUUGAAUAUCUGCCGAUCCCGAUAUUUCCCGAUCCGAUUGCUUUUUUUUGCUCCCGAUUCAAUUCCAGUCAUUCCCGAUAAUUUUCCCCGAUCAGAUACAUUUUGGCAAUGCAUUAAGAAAAAAAUGAAUAAAACUCGGACGAAUAUAUACAUUCAACAUAGAGUACAUAAGUACUGUAUUUGUUUAUUAUGACAAUAAAUCCUCAAGAUGGCAUGUACAUUAUUAACAUUCUUUCUGUGAGAGGGAUCCACGGAUAGAAAGACUUGUAAUUCUUAAAUGAUAAAUGUGACCUUGUAUAUUAUGACUAAAUAUUGCCAUCUAGUGUAUUUGUUGAGCUUUCAGUAAAUGAUACUGUAGCCAUGCCCAAAUGCAUGAUGGGAAGUGGAACCAUGACUGUGCGUAGUGCUACCAAUUGAUAUAUCUUCUCUGCGUUGGGAAAUAUCAUAGGGUGUUAAGAAAAAGAUUAAUUACUACCUUGCUUCCCCACAUUGCUUCCCACGAUAUUUCUAAUCGUAGGGAGAGGGAUUGUAAGGCUUUACCCAAAUAAAAAAAGGCUCCAACGGCUUCCAAAAUUCACUCUACUCAUUUACGCUGCCUUUUAUCUCUAUAUAGGUAAAGCGGCGCCAUUACAGAUUGAGCGCGACAAUGCGUGAGUGGGUGGGGCAGCGCAUGCAUUAAUUGCGUUAAAUAUUUUAACAUGAUACAUUUUUUUUUAAAUUAAUUACCGCCAUUAUUGGGAUAAAUUUGAUAACCCUACCUUAAGCCAAAAUUAAAGACUCUGGAUGAGUAAUAUAUUAUGUCUGUAACGUUAAAUACAAUUAGAAAACGAUUUCAUUAAAAAAAAAUAUAUAUAUAUAUAUAUUAAAAAAAGGCAUGUCCGAUCUUUUUUUGCCGAUUCCGAUACUUUGAAAAUGAUGUGAUCGGACCAGAUCAAUCGAUCGGGACACCUCUACAUUAGACCAUUUUUUUCAAUUUCCACCACAGGUUUUCAAUAGGGUUGAGAUCUGGGCUAUUUGCAGGCUAUGACAUUGACUGGAUGAGUCUUUCUCCAAGGAAUGCUUUAAUUGUCAUCAAUGCCAUCUUGGAAAAUGACAAACAUAUUUUCAAUCGAAGGGAUAAGAAAGCUGUCUAAAAUUUCAAUGUAAACUUGUGCAUUUAUUGAAGAUUUAACCACAGCCAUCUCCCCAGUGCCUUUGCCUAACAUGCAUCCCCAUAUCAUCAUGGACUGAGGGAAUUUUGAAGUUUUCUACAGGCGGUCAUCUUUGUAAAUCUCACUGGAACAGCACCAAACAAAAGUUCCAGCAUCUUCACCUUGUCAAGAGUCAAGAAUCUGCAUUGAUUGUUAUUUCUUUCUUUGUUUCUCAUGAUUCCAUAUUUUUUUUCCCUCAGAAUGGAGUGAUUCGAUAUAUAUUUCCCUGCACUUGCUCUAUAAAAGUAACAUUUGUACCACCACAAUGUUUUUUUACUCAUUUCUUUUAGUGUUUCUGUAUGCUAAAGAGCUACACUUUUGAACUAAUUCAUUAUUUUUUUCAAGCUUUUUAUCUGAGUUUGGUCUACAUGAUAAAAUGUCUGAGUGCGUACUUGUCCAAGACUGGUGAUUCCAUACUUUUAGCUAGGAGUUGCAUAACAGAAUGUUUGUGAUUUAUUUUGAAGCAAUAGCAAUGAAAAAUUCUUAAGAUUGGGGUAAAAAUAUGCAGUAGAGGGUUAUAUUUAAAAUAUAAGUAUUUGUAGCAUAGGAGAAACUACAACUAUUGAGGAAAAGCAUACAGGUUCACCAUUUUUAUAGCAAGCGCAGGGUCGGGAUACUCUACUCUGUACUCUGCUCUGCUGUUUGUUCACAGUAUAAUCGCGAUGAAAUUUGACUGAGCUUCAAACAACUCAUCAGAAAGUGAUUAUAAAACAUCCAGUCAGUGUUUGCAUUACCAGCAUUUGACCUAGAUUAGUUUAUUAGUACUCAUAAGCAUGUAUUGCUUGGAAGACCUUCAAUAUUUUUGCAAGCUGCUUCAGUACAUGACCUGAAAUGACCAUUUUUUUGCAGAGCAGGGAAUCUCAUUUGAUUGUAUUUUAUGAUCAAUGUAUCAUCUCUAUGCAAAGUCUGUUGAGUAGCAAAGAUGGCAUACAGUCCAGACGUGUUCUCUUGUCAACCGUGUUUUUGUCAGGAAAGGAAAUGCCAACUGAUCAUGUAGCCAAUUUACAUUAAACGCAUUGAAAACUCACAUGAUUCUGUCAUUCUUAAUCAUGAAGGCUCAUUAUCUAUUUGUAGCCAACUUAGUAAUUUUGUUAGUAGGCUAAUAUAGAUACAUACAGCAUGUGUUGCCUUCAUUAUACGGCUUUUAAUUUUUUGCAGCUCCAGAUGUAUUUGUUU